AUGCCUACCAGAGGUGGAGACCGAACCUUGACGGUGCCAGACCUGUUUCGGUAUAUCGGUCUCCUCAUCGAUAUCCUCAUUUUUGCUAUCCUUCAUGUUGCUUUCCUCCUCAUUUUCGUUCUUUCCACCCCACACCCGUACGAGCUGCACCUGCCCACGGGCCACCCAGCGCAGUUACGUAAGGCAGCCGCAGGCAGGUUCGGUCGCAAUUACCCACGGUCGCAAUUACCCACGUGGAUUACUGCCCGGAUAGCCAAACAGUACUGCCCGGAUAGCAAAACUCUUGAUCUUAUCAUUUUCGAACGCUGUGUAGUUAUGUGGGCCAACAAUGUUGUUAUUGGGUCAGAUAAGAACCUGGUCUGGAUUCGUUUUCAGCUCUCUGCAGUGCCAGGGAACUUCACUCCUUGCCAAAUCCCCAUCCUUUGGAUACUUUCAGAGGCUCCGUUGCGAGGAGUUUCCCACAUCUUGCGGCCAUUCCACUUGCCUUUCAUCUCAUUCAUGGAUGCAGACACGUUUGAUGGUAUGGCAACAGGUGCGGCGGCCAGCGAUACGCCAAGCCGGCCAAUUGACAACGAUAGCCAGACAAUGGACGACACGCACGCAUCGGAGUCACCUCAACGGUCCAAGAACGAAAGUGCACAAAGUCUUCCUGGGAAGGAGGUCGACCGCACGAUGACUCCUCAGGUAGAAACAUCAUUACACCUCUUUCUUGGCAAACUCGACUCUGAAUCCGAGACCGAAGCCAAGCUCGCAGAGUUGUCCGCCAUUCUUGCAGCGUCACCGGAAGACAUUGAUACUCGAUCAUUGAAACCCCCCCACAAGACCCCUUUGCAGAUCGCGAUUAGGAAAGACGUUUCCCGGACCUUCAACUUGCUGAUACAAGCUGGUGCCGAUGUCAAUGUCUUGGAUGGAGAAAAUACACAUUCAUUUCACCACGCACUUAAAUAUUGGAAUAGCCCGUACUUGAAAGUACUCUUGGAACGCGCGACGACAACAUGGGACCCUACCUUUAGCGGCCGGUGCUUUCUCCAUGACUCCGACUUCUAUCAUCAAGAAGAAAGUAUAAUGCGACGUGUGUUUGAGUUUCAACGACAUUUCCUGAACGAGCAAUCAUCUUUUUUACUCCAAACACCACUCAACUACACUGUCUUGGUACAAAAAAAGGAAGGCGUUGCUUUUCUACUUGAACAAGAGCCAGAUCUUGGUAUUGUGGAUUGUCAUGGAUGGUCGCCCUUGAUGACGGCGCUCAAGACAAGUACUUCCGAGAUCUUUGACAUCCUGGUUAACUAUCUAUUUGAACCGGGGAGGGAAUCCACCGCGAAAGAUGUCAUCAUUCAGAACAAUAACGCAGGAAAGUCUAUUUUCGUGGAAUUCUGCGAGUUGAGUCCCGAACACGAGGCAUGGGAAGCCUCUUUUGCCAAGCUUCUUGACAAUAUUGUUGACAAAUUCCCUCAUUUGGACUUCAAUACGACCCCGGUCUACGAAGGCCUUCUAGACUUUGCGAUAUUUUCGACAAAGCACUCCAAGAGCAAAAUCGUGGGCGAAUUCGCAUUCAGGGUCGUUGGUUGGGUACUGUUGGAUUACGAGGCAGAAAAGGGGCCCUAUUAG